UGUGAUAUAUUGAUUGGGCUUAUGAUUUUGUUAGAAACUUUCUAGAAUCCUUAUCUUUUGUACGUAAUUAGUAAAAGCUCCAACUGCUUCAAAGCUAAGCACAGCCAGAGAGAGGCAGAGAGAGAGAGCGAGGAUGAGUGGAGCAGAGAAGGUGGUGUGCGUGACUGGUGCUUCAGGUUACAUAGCUUCAUGGGUGGUGAAAAUCCUUCUCCAACGUGGGUAUACUGUCAAAGCUACAGUUCGUGACCCAAAUGAUCGAAAGAAAACAGAGUUUUUACUUGCACUUGAUGGAGCUAAAGAAAGACUUCAGUUAUUCAAAGCAAGUUUACUGGAAGAAGGAUGUUUUGAUUCUGUAGUUGAUGGAUGCCAAGGCGUUUUCCAUAUAGCAUCCCCGGUUUUUUUCACGGCCAAUGACCCACAGUCAGAGAUAGUUGAUCCAGCAGUGAAGGGAACUCUUAACGUUCUUAGAUCAUGUGCAAAAGUUCCUUCUAUCAAGAGAGUGAUUAUAACAUCUUCUAUGGCUUCAGUUAUGUUCAACAGAAAACCCGUGACCCCUGAUGUGGUUGUGGAUGAGACUUGGUUUUCAGAUCCAGUUUUGUGUAAAGAGGAGAAGCUCUGGUAUCAUCUCUCAAAAACCUUAGCUGAGGAGGCUGCUUGGAAGUUUGCUGAAGAGUGUGGCAUUGACUUGGUAGCAAUAAACCCAGGCUUCGUUAUUGGUCCAUUCAUACAGCCAACUCCUACUUUUAGUGUUGAGGGAUUUCUGAAGCUUGUGAAUGGAACUCAAACAUUUCCUGAUGGCAUUUAUAGAAUGGUUGAUGUUAGAGAUGUUGCACAUGCACAUAUUCAGGCAUUUGAGACUCCUGCUGCUAGUGGCAAAUAUUGUUUAGUUGGAAGAGUUGCACACUAUUCUGAGGUUUUCAAGAUAUUGCACAAACUUUACCCAAGUUUGCAUCGACCUGAAAUAUUUGAAGAUGACAAGCCUUUGGUGCCAGUCUACAAGAUUUCCCAAGACAAAGCCAAAAGUUUGGGUAUUAGCUUCACUCCUUUGGAAGUGAGUAUUGGGGACACUAUUGAAAGCUUGAAGGAAAAGGGCUUCCUUACUGUCUGAAUAAUGUUGUUAAAAGGGGAGCCACGCAAGUUGUUAUCAACCUGUUCAGUUUGGCAAGAAUAAAAUAUUUGGUAUAUUUCCUUUCAAAUAAUGUAAUCUCUUGGGAGAAAAUUAGGAAUAUUUUUCCUAAUUAUUUUUACCAAUUGUAUGUGGUGUUUGGUUCGGGGAAUCUUGAACAAAGGGUAUUGUGCAAUUUCUUCAGCAUAUUUCAUCUUAGUAUGAAAUUUAAAAGGCUUUGGCUCCCUCAAA